AACCGCGUUGGUAGGUGUUAAGCAGUCACUAAAUGUGUGCAAAAACCCUGGAAUCGUGCAUCGACCAUGCGUGCGCAUCUUCCGUCGUUUUUGUCCGCGAAGUGGAUGCGCAGGAAUCUUUGCAUUACAUUCCCAAUGCUUCCCCGCAUAGUGUCUCGAUGGCCGUGUGAAUCAUCUCUGUGGAUAGGCUCCGACGACGAUGGGCAAGCUCGAUUUGGAGUUGAGUUGAAUUGAGCUUUGUCGUCGCGUUUCGUGAUUCCUGGCUUGGAAGCAUCUGAGAGACGAGCGAUUCCGUGGAGUUAGGCGACGAGCAUGUAGUUGAAGAUUGUGGUACGCUGGCAUUCGGUGUAUGUAUAGCAUUCUCGGCUGGUUAAGUUGAAACGGGAGGUGUACACGUGACCAUGGAGGCCCUUCGGUCGCGGUUGAUGUCGUCGACGCCACAAGGGUUGUCCACGAGAGGCUGCGAUGCUGCUGUUGUGCCUUUGCAGAGGAGUGUGAGAUUGGUUGCCUCAAGGUCGCGUACGUCUCGCCUCUCGCCGUUUGCUUCCGUGAGCUGUGGAUCUGGCGUUCCAUCGUCCCGCAAAAUAUCGGGGUUAGCGAUGGCAAUGCAGGCAGGUCCUGGAGAAAAUGCUACGUUUUCUACGAGUUCGACAGCAGACGUGGUAGCGACGUGGCGGAGCGCACAGGCGGUGUGCUUCGAUGUUGAUAGCACAGUUUGUGAGGACGAAGGAAUUGAUGAGCUAGCAGCCUUCUGCGGAGCAGGGGAAGCAGUUGCUGCAUGGACGGCCAGGGCUAUGGGAGGUUCAGUGCCUUUUGAGGACGCACUUGCUGCUAGGCUUGCAUUGUUUCGUCCCUCUGUACAAACUUUGGCAAAGUUUCUCGACACCAGACCUCCACGCUUAAGCCAAGGCAUACGGGAAUUAGUAUCUAAGUUGCACUCACGUGGAACCGAUGUGUUUCUGGUGUCGGGGGGUUUUCGGCAGAUGAUUGCGCCUGUAGCUGCUCAGUUGCACAUUCCAAGCGACAAUGUGUUCGCUAACUCGCUUCUCUUUGGCGACGAUGGCGAAUAUACUGGUUUUGAUGCUACAGAACCUACUUCAAGAAGUGGGGGCAAGGCCCAGGCUAUAGAACAAAUCAAAAAGGAACACGGAUAUCAAACUUUGGUGAUGAUAGGAGAUGGUGCUACAGACCUUGAGGCCCGAAGACCUGGUGGUGCAGAUCUUUUCAUCUGCUACGGUGGUGUCGUGGCACGCCAUAGUGUGGUGGCCGGAGCAGACUGGUUUGUUACUUCAUUCCAAGAUCUCAUUGAGUCGCUCAACUGAAAACAAUCAUCACCUAAAGUAAUCCUUUCUACCUGGAGCGUGGUCUGCUGUGUGCUAGACUAAAGCCUGAUAUCUGUUGACGAUGUUACAAAAAAUUCUAAAAAUUCAAGAUUUGGACGUGUGAGAAAUUCUCAAAACCUUCAUGUGCCACUUUCUUGAGCAUAUUUUUAUACAGAAUUUUGGUACAUAUUAGUCUGA